AUGGAGCAGGCGUACAUUACUUUGACAUCGUAUCUCCGGAAUGCUCCCCUAGCGGCGUCCCUCUCUGAUCCUCUGGCGGCGUGCUCUCGGCUGCCGGCGGAGGCCGACAAACAUCCGGACGUGUCACGCGGAGCCCCGCCCUGUGUCAACCGCGGCGAUUUCGGAGACGGUGGAUGGCAGAGGCCGCCGCUGAGCCAGGCAGAUGGACCCCACGGGGGAGAGAGGAGGGAAGGAGACGCAAUGGAGGCGCUCAACCGAAGCGCGUCGACUCUGUCAGACACCCUGUGGGCGUUCCACGAGAAGAUGAAGCAGCAGUGGUCGCAGCUGCAGCUCACAGAUGAUUCCACGCCUGCGCUCACCAGGGGCACCUCGGGAGAAGAAAAAGAAGACGCAGGGCCGGGUGCCGCAAAGGACCUCGCGGGAGGGUGCGGAAGCCCACACGCCGCCGAUGCGUGGUCGCGCUCCGCCGCCAAUGGAUCUUCCCCCACCGAUGGCCUCGCUUCUCCUUUGCGCGAAAACGGGUUCCUCAGCGCCGCUGCAUACCCGAGAAGACCUGCAUCCUUACCACCCGCUGGAGACACGGAAUGCCCGGUUCAGGAUCUCGACUCCCGAAGCGGGUCGCCUGCCUCGGCGAGGCGCGACGGUUUCUCGAAACAUCCCGCGCGCUCCAGCGCCGCAGCCAGGUGCCUGGCUGCGGCUGCUGCGCCCAGCGGCGAAGACAACCUAGCGCUCGGUCUGGCGCCGUUGCCGCCAGCGUGGAGCUCUAGAGAUCCCGCGGGGGUGCAGGCGACGGGCGGAAGAGCCGCUCACUCUCCUCAGAGCGCCUGGGCGUCGGCGGCUGCAGCUGCGACUGCGGCCCAAGCCGCGGCCAUCGCGACGCACAGCUUGGCAGAGGCGUAUCGACAGCUGAGGAAGGAGAACCGCAAGACGCUGGUGGCCUUCCGGAAGCUGCGCGUGGCGGGCGGUCUGCAGCUCGCGCUCUGCUUCUUGGGGAUGAUCCUCCGUCCGUGGAGCCCGCCCCAUGAUUCCGCAGGAGAGGAAACCUUGUCCCACUCCGCGCUCUGGUGGGUUUACAUGACCGUCUUCCUCUUUACCGCGUGGUACCUGUACGGCAUCAGUGAGCCCAGCACUGCGUGGGAGGAGCGUCAAGCGCAAGAAACCCUCGAGCGGCUGCGGCAGCACCAGGAGUCUGCCGCGCUGCUGCAGGUGGACGCGGUUCGAACCCCGGCGGGCGCGCCCGCGACCCGCGCGGCCCGCGAAGUUCUUCUGAAGCCUGAGGAGGCGGGCGACCCGAGGCGCGAGCGCCGGCGAUCGAGCGCACAGAGUUCUGUGUAUGCGAUUCCUGGUCAGCAAGACGUACCGCAGCCAGCCGAUGCGCCGCCACCUCCCGUUGAGACCUGGCCUCAGCGACCCGUUCUGCUCAGAGCCACAGAAGAAGCAUGGAUCGUCGACCGGGUGAACGCGCUCGCGCAGCGCCACAAAUCGAAGCGGUGGAAGAAUACGCAUGUGAAGAACAGCCACGACCUUCCAGCCAUCCGAUACCCUUCCGCUCCUCUCCUGUUCAUGAGAAAGGAGCUCGCGGAUCCAACGCAAGCGGUUCACCGUUUCGAGAAUCCCUUCUUCAGAGGCGUGGUUGUGAUUCGCGUGGCGGCCGUCGGAGAGUCCCCAGGUGGUGCAACGUACACAGACUCGAAGAAGCGCUGCAUGCAAGCGUGUGUUCAGGGGCAGUUCUUGCAGCCUCAUCGAGUCGGAGAAGUGUUGACGGGCCAAGUGUUCUCUCACGCGCUGAAGUCCCUGCCCCCGCGGUGGAUGGUCAGCCUCGGCAUGAAGGUUGUCAAGCGCUUAACCAACACGCUCAAGGAGGACAUCACGUCGGAGCAUCCAUACUUCCUCACGCCUGCUGUCUGCGUGGCGCAGACUGUGCACGUUGCUCACGCGCCAAAGAGCAUCUCUAAGUCGGAGUCCGGCGAGUCGCGAAGGGGCGCGAACGGGACGAAAGCGGCAGGCGAUGCGCCGUCCUUCACCUCCGAGAGAAAUGGUCACGGAAACUUUUACAUUGCACCUCCAGACGUCAUGAAUCCGAUGAUUGAGGAAGACACGCGGCUGCUGGGAGGGCCCUUCGCGUCGGGUGGCGUGUCAUCCGAGACACGCAAGAAUAUGAUGGGUGAAAAAAAGCUCCUGAAAGAACUCGUCUUCUCUCCGGAUUACAUUUACACGUUCGACUUUUUUCAGAACAUUUUUUACCCCUCGUCCUACGAGUUCGAUUUGGGUAUCUCAAGGAUUGAUCUUUCCCCCUUCCUGAACCGCCAGCCGAUCGAGCUAAUGGCUCUUCUUGACGAUUCGUUCAUUCGAGAUGAACGCCCAACCGAAGGUGGAAUAACGGCAAACAACGCCAGCAAACAGGAGAACUCCGAAGAUGAAGAUGUGUCCAAAUGGCAGCCGCCGCCUGGCUCUUGGAAAUUCUUGUGGAGAUACCAACUGUGGCACGAGAAACUGCUUCUCCACUAA